AUGUCUCAUUGUAAGUACGAGCACCCUCGUCACGGCUCUCUUGCCUUCUUGCCGCGCAAGCGUGCCGCGAGCCAUCGCGGAAAGGUCAAGUCAUUCCCCAAGGAUGACCCUAAGAAGCCUGUCCACCUUACCGCCUUCAUGGGCUUCAAGGCUGGUAUGACCCACAUUGUUCGUGACCUUGACCGUCCCGGCUCGAAGUUCCACAAGCGUGAGGUUGUUGAGGCUACGACAGUCAUCGAAACUCCCCCUAUGGUUGUGGUCGGUGUUGUCGGAUAUGUCGAGACGCCCCGCGGUCUCCGUUCGCUCACCACUGUUUGGGCUGAGCACCUCUCGGACGAAGUUAAGCGUCGCUUCUACAAGAACUGGUACCGUAGCAAGAGGAAGGCGUUCACUAAGUACGCCAAGAAGUACUCGGAGAACAACGGCCAGUCGAUUACCCGAGAGCUCGAGCGCAUCCGCAAGUACUGCAGCGUUGUUCGCGUGCUUGCCCACACUCAGCUCCGUAACACGAGCCUGAAGCAGAAGAAGGCCCAUCUCAUGGAGAUUCAGGUGAACGGUGGCUCGAUCUCUGACAAGGUUGACUUUGCUCACGGCCUCUUCGAAAAGACUGUUGAUGUGAACAGCCUUUUCACUCAGGACGAGAACGUUGAUAUCAUCGGUGUGACGAAGGGUAAGGGUUACGAAGGUGUUACUGCUCGUUGGGGUAUCACGAAGCUGCCUCGUAAGACUCACAAGGGUCUUCGUAAGGUGGCUUGUAUUGGUGCUUGGCACCCGGCUAACGUUAUGUUCACGGUGGCUCGCUCUGGUCAGGAUGGUUACCACCACCGCACUGAGCUGAACAAGAAGAUUUACCGCAUUGGUAACGGCGCUGACCAGGCUUCGGGUGCUACGGAGUUUGAUGCUACUCAGAAGCCUAUCACGCCCAUGGGUGGCUUCCCCCACUACGGUGUUGUUAAGAACGACUUCAUCAUGAUCAAGGGCUGCUGCCCUGGUGUCAAGAAGCGUGUUCUGACAAUCCGCAAGUCGCACCAGAUCCACACAUCCCGUCGUGACCUCGAGAAGGUCUCGCUCAAGUUCAUCGACACUUCGUCCAAGUUUGGUCACGGUAACUACCAGACUGGAGCUGAGCGUGAUGCUUUCGAGGGUCCUAAGAAGCCCCCGGCAGUGUACUACUAA